CUCUCGCUCUCAGUCGAAUAAUGCUCACCUGCAGUCCUUGCCAAGGCCGUGAUCUUGGCUUCUCCGCCCUCUUUUUCAUCUCGAACGGGCAUUGUCGCGACGUAUGGGAGAAAUUUGGCGAUGAAGAAUCUGAAGAGGCAGAUGUGAAAGAUGUUAAACCUAUACUGUCUUUAUGUGUUCAUCAAGAUAAAGAAGGCUAUUCUGCUGCAAAUGAUCAGGCAUAUUACAAAGAUUGUACCAUCAAGCAAGAACUUGAGGAAAGCAGAAGUCCGAACAGUGGUUCCAGCAUAACAGAUCAAGGGAGUUCAUCUACUAAUGGGAUUGUCCCUAAAUUUGCCUCACCCUCUCCUCCUGUUCGUCUUUGUUGGCAGUUCUGGAAAUCUGGCGACUAUGAAGUUGGACAAGCUAUUUCACCAAUAUCCGAAACUGGAAGGAACCGUUUACGUAUCCAUCCUAAGUUCCUCCAUUCAAAUGCAACUUCGCAUAAGUGGGCUUUUGGUGCCAUAGCAGAAUUGCUUGAUAAUGCAGUUGAUGAGGUCAAAAAUGGAGCAACAUUUGUCACCGUAGAAAAAUUUACAAAUCCACUUGAUAGAAGUCUUGCUUUGCUGAUUCAGGAUGAUGGAGGAGGAAUGGGUCCAGAAUCUCUUCGUCGGUGCAUGAGCUUUGGAUUUUCGGAAAAACAGUCAGGAUCAUCAAUCGGACAGUAUGGAAAUGGUUUCAAGACAAGUACCAUGCGUCUUGGGGCAGACGUGAUUGUGUUUAGCCGUUUCAAGAAGGAAAGGAUAUUUACCCAAAGUGUUGGGUUUCUUUCUUAUACUUUUCUCAAGGAAACAGGUUGUGAUGAUAUAGUUGUGCCAACAGUUGAUUAUGAAUUUGAUCCACCUACCAAUUCAUUCAAGAGAUUAUAUCGCCACAAUCAGAAACAGUUUUCUUCUAAUUUGUCAACAAUCCUGCAGUGGUCUCCUUUCACUACAGAAGCUGAAUUGUUAAAUCAAUUUAAUGACCUAGGGCACCAUGGAACAAAAGUUAUUGUAUUCAACUUAUGGUUGAAUGAUGAUGGGGAUACGGAGAUCGAUUUCCAAUCAGAUGCAAAGGAUAUUAUGAUCAAUGGAGGACGAAGACAAAUGCAGAAGAAUAGCAUUGAAAACAAACAUGUUGCAAAUAAGCUACACUAUUCUCUUAGAGCAUACAUAUCCAUAUUAUAUCUUCACAUGCCAGAAAAUUUUCGAAUAAUAUUACGUGGAGAAGUUGUUGAGCCCCACCACGUGGCUAAUGACCUAAUGUAUCGUGAAUGCAUCUUGUACAGGCCGCAAGUUGGUGGAAUAACAGAGGCUGCUAUAGUAACCACCAUUGGAUUUUUAGAAGGUGCUCCGAAUGUUAAUAUUCAUGGGUUCAAUGUCUACCACAAGAAUCGUCUUAUAUUGCCCUUCUGGAAAGUUGCUAACAAUUCAUAUGGUAAAGGUAAAGGGGUUGUUGGUGUACUUGAGGCGAAUUUCAUAAAACCUACUCAUGAUAAGCAGGAUUUUGAGAAAUCUGUUCUUUACCAAAAACUUGAGAACCGUUUGAAAGAGAUGACAUAUGAGUAUUGGGACCUUCAUUGUCAUUUGGUUGGUUAUAAUAACAAGAAGCAGCCUACGGCAGUCAGUUCAGCUACUGCUCUUUGCCAGAUGCCUGAGUUGAGGACAUCCAACUUGCUACAGAAGGUCAAAAACAACUGUUCUAUGUCAGCUAUUAUGAAAGCAACACCAACUCCUGAUAUUUCGUCAAACAACCAAGUUAUACCCGCCGUGGCCGUAACAAACUUCAGAGCAAGGUGCUCCAUGAAAAAUGAUUCUGGCUUACAGAGCAUAAAAGGAAAACAUGAAAGUCAAGUUGCUGAAACAGGAACAUCAGAAGUGCAGGCUUUAUAUAAAUCAGUUGGAUUUGGAAGCAUUAAUGAGAAAAAGCAAGAGACUGGUUCUGGACAAAAGCCAAUGGUUGAGAUACAAAAAUUGAUGCUAGAAAAUAAAAGGCUACGUGAACAGUGCUUGGAAUACGAGGAGAUGGAGAAAGAGCUUAUGCAAAAGGCAAAGAAACUAAAAAAUGAGCUUCUAGAGGUUCAAGAAGUGUACGAAAAAUUAGUGAGUGAUCUCAAGUUGAUGGAAGACGUCAAGAUAGAAAAAUUAUAGAUCAUUGACUCAAACAUUUAUGAUUGAUCGCCUUAAUGCCAAACAAUGAGCCUAUCAAGACUAUUCAUGGAGUCAUUUUUGUCCAUAGCAAGGCCAGAAGCUCCACUGUGUCAUAGCUUAGCAUUUCUGGAUAUCCGUUUUCCGGUAAAAGAAAAGUUAUGUCAGGCAUGGAAAAGGCAAUCCCAUCAGGUGAUAUGUUGGACGGUUCUUGUAAGGUAAUCUUCACAUGUUAACAUAGGCAGUCAAUGGUUCACAAUGUGAGUGCUGUUGUAGAAGUAUUUGUAGUACAGUCGAAUGGAACGCAAUAUCGGAUUUUAGGUCAUGUUCACAAUCCUAGUUAUCGGCAAGUCAGAUUCAGUGUAAUCAUAUCAGGUCAUGUUUUCACCAUUCACUGUGUGCAGUAUGACUGUACAGUUGUUGAUCGUAACUGAACUGCUAAUCAAUCCAAGGUAUUAUAAAUUUUCCAAUCUGA